UACUUUUAAUAAUCUUAAUGAGAAAUAUUUACACAUUUUAACUGAUCAAUAGGCAUUUUUCCACAGACCGUGACGCGUUUCCCCAUUUAUCUGCGUAAAUUUAAUACUUUAUAUUGAAUAACAUUAUGCUUUGUUAUAUUACUCGAAUUAGUUAAGAAAUUAAUUACCACAGCUGCUGAUGGAGUGACGAAAAAUUUGGGUCUUCUCACAUCUGACUGUCUUAAUCUACCGCAUUUUUCCUCUUUCUCUCUUCUGGAUAGUCAUUCAAACGUAAGUGGGUUUUAUUUUAUUUUUUUUUUUACGUUUUUGGAGCAAAUAAGUGUAAAUAGUAUUUGCUGUGGUCUCCCGUCAACCGCUUAGCCCCGCCCAUUUCAGAAGCCCUUUCGUAGCGUUCUUCCCGCUGUUCUCUUUGAUGCGGCCUGCCUGCAGUGAAAAUCGGAUGCUGAAUAUUGAAUGGAUCCUAGAAUUACAUUUAAUAGCCCAAUGUUACAGUUGUCGCAUGAUCUAUAUUUCCGUCGGCACCGAUGAUUUCAACCGUUAUCUUACUCGCACUCCUGGCUGUUUCGGCAGAAGCGGAAUUUUUUCAGUUCGAUAGCAUUUCAAAUGUUUCUACCUAUUAUUUCAAUUACAUCUAUUGCAAUAUUUGGGAAGGGGACUGUCAGCCAAACCAGGAUGAUGGAACCCAACAAGUGCCAACUGGGGACAUUUGGUCAGGGUUUCCCCAGUACUACACUGGCAUGCUGACUGCUUGGUACUGCAGCAUGGGUCAGUGCUGUGAUUCAGGGGACUGCAGGAUUACAAAUAAUAUCACUGGUUUAGAGAGAGAUCUUCAGCUAAAGCUACAUGGGCAACAUCUGGCUCAGUCUGUGGUUCUGAAAGCGAUUCAAGGCUUCAUCAAAAACCCUGAGUCCAAUAAACCACUGACUCUCUCCUUCCACGGCUGGUCUGGGACAGGCAAGAAUUUUGUAGCCCGGAUAGUAGCAGACAACCUGUAUCGGGAUGGUAUAAAGAGCGAAUGUGUGCGUUUGUUCAUUGCCCCGUUCCACUUCCCUCAUGCCAGAUUGUUGGACGUGUACAAGGGCCAGCUGAGAGAAGCCAUUCGAGACAUGGUUCUGCGGUGCCCACAGACUCUCUUUAUCUUUGAUGAAGCAGAGAAGCUUCAUCCAGGACUCAUUGAUGCCAUAAAACCCUACAUGGACCACUAUGAUAAUGUGGAUGGGGUCAGCUAUAGGAGAGCUAUAUUCCUUUUCCUAAGCAAUAUUGGUGGUGCUGCCAUCAAUGAGGUGGCACUGGAUUUCUGGCACUCGGGACAGAACAGGGAAGACAUCGGCAUGGAGGACUUGGAGCAUCUUCUUCGGGCUGAAGCCAUGGAGGCAGAAGGAGGUUUUGCCCAGAGUGAGCUCAUGUCAGGCCAUCUGAUUGACUUCUUUGUACCAUUCUUACCUCUGGAGUAUCGGCAUGUGAAACUGUGUGCUCGUGAUGCAUACACAGCUCGUGGCCUUGAACCAGAUGAGGGGACGCUGGACGAAGUGGCCAAAGCCAUGUUGUAUGUUCCUAAGGAGGAGAAGCUCUUCUCUGCGCAGGGAUGCAAAUCAAUUCCUCAAAGGAUCAGUUUCUUUCUACCAUAAAGGAGCAUAACUGAGAAUAAAGGAACAGAGUAUACUUGAAUAAAGCGGAAAAGAAGCUGCUAAUAUCUUAAAUGCAUAAUAUUUGUUUCACAACAUUGAAAAUGCAGAAGAAACAUAGAGUUUCAACUCUAUACCUCACAAUCUUGAGAGUUAGGAGAGGGAGAAUGGAGGCUUGUCCUUGGCAAACCCUACUCUAAUAGUUUUUUAAUUUAACUUUUUAUCUGCUUGUAUUUUAUUGAUUUCUCCCAACCAGCUUUACAGUUUACAUAUAGUACACUGGCCUGCACUAAAGUUACUUAAGUUCAAUGAGCAAAGUUAAAAAUGAGCAAAGACCGCAGCUACAGUAAUGCACUUACAGUGGAAGCCAAUAAGGCACAGUGGAUAUCUCGAAGGUGUAAUCAUAACGCUUAUUUACAUGUGAUUGCUUGUGAAUGAUCAAAUAGAAUCAAUCAGCAACUCAAGUCUUGACCAGCUAAAAAAGUGAAACUGGUUACUUUUUCUUGUUAUACAGUAAGGGACACAAAAGGGACUUGAUAUAACUAUCCAUAAGGCUGCAUCAUAAUUUGCAUACUAUACAGUACAAUAGUAUGCAAGAUUAGGUUUAGUGCAUCCCAAAUCACAGUGCACUGAUAAAUGUAUGGCAAAGGCACCGGUAUACUGUUUCCGGUGGAUUUUUAUGCAUCUGUACAUGCAUUUUGGGCUAAUAAUGCUAUGGAAGAGGAGUAGUUUGUGUCAAACAUUUUACUGAAGAAUUCAUGUUCGUGCUUCCAUUUUAAGUGCAUCACUGUAAAUGUAUUUUGCGUUUAAUUUUUACAAUCUGAGGGACAAUUCAGAGUUAUUUUUGGUGGUAAUGACCACAUGCCACAGAUGCUCUCGAUGCAGCUGAAGUUGUAUUUAACACGUAAUACUCCUUUAAGUACUUUGUACAAUUUUGGGAUCAAAUUAAACACAUUUAUGGUAUUAUUUCUUGUCAUGUGCAUUUUCAGGUUACAGUGUUUUUGUUGUUGUUGUUGUUUUAAUGGAUCACAACUAGUUAAUUGUCACGUGCACUUUUUGUUUAAAUUCAUAAUAUUGGUGUUUUCCAUUUUUAUCACUCUCUGUUAUAGUACAGUUUUAAAAGUGAUGCAGUUGUGAGUGAAGAGGUCCUUUUUUUUGUUUUUUUUGUUUUUUUUUUUAAAUAUACCCUAGUAUGAAUAUGUGGGUCAAAAAUUACCUUAUAUCUAGUUUUAGGACAUGCAUUUUACAUUGAAAUUUUACAUUUUGAUCUGCCACUCAAGGUAUUCCUCAGUUAUGGUGUUUCCUAUCACGUGAAGUUACUUUUUUUAACAUUUAGCUGAAUAUGUUUUAAAAUAUAAGAGAAUUUGCAUCACUAUCCCAAGAAUGCAUGUGGGUCCUAUUUAACCCAUAUGAGUUUCCUAUGGAAUUCAAUGCAUUUAUCACAGCUAUUAUUUUUGAUUGUUUUCAGUUAACAUUUAUGUAAUUAAAUACAUGUUAAAUACCA